GUUAUUCAACUUUGAACUUGUGAGCAUUGUGAGUUUGUAUUGGACAAGAACAACUAAAAGACAUGAACAAAUAUGAGAAAGUACGAAUUGUGGGCCGAGGAUCAUCAGGAACGGUUCACCUCUGCUGUGAGAAGGCGACAAAAAAGUGCGUAAUUAUCAAGGAAAUACCAGUGGCUGAAAUGACCGAGGAAGAACGGGAAUCAUCUUUGACGGAGGCCAAAGUAUUGGCCAUGUUGGACCACACAAACAUUAUAGCCUACUAUGACAACUUCCUGGAAGACAAAAGCAUGGUCAUUGUGAUGGAAUAUGCGCCAGGAGGCACACUUUACGAUCACAUUAAGGCACGUGGGAAAGCCCUGUUUCAAGAAGAGGAAGUCUUGAGCUACUUUGCCCAAAUCCUUCUGGCUCUCGAACACGUGCAUUCUCGGCAGAUUUUGCACAGGGAUUUGAAGACACAAAAUCUACUUUUGAACCAGAACAAAAAUGUAGUGAAGGUGGGAGAUUUUGGAAUAUCUAAGAUACUGAGCACCAAGAGUAAAGCCUGCAGUAUGGUGGGCACUCCAUCUAACCUUUCCCCCGAGAUCUGUAUGGGAAAACCAUACAACCAAAAAAGUGACAUUUGGGCCUUGGGCUGCGUACUGUACGAGAUGUUGACCCUGAAAAGUCCAUUCUCCGCAGAGACACUGCCGGCAUUGAUCCAAAAGAUAAUGAUUGGGAAUUUCGAUCCAAUUGCUAAGCACUACAGCUCAGGUAUAAAAGAGGUGGUGACCAGCCUUCUACAUAGCGACCCCACGAGGCGACCUUCCGUCCGUCACCUUAUGUGCCACCCUGUUGUCAUGCCUGUCCUCUGUGCACUGUACUGCAACCUUGGGGCUCUGCCUUGUGUUUCUAAGAGCAAUCGAUCGUCAAGCACCAGCUUGCACAGAACACUUAGUAGACCUGUGAUUGCCCCUGAAGAUGCCACUAGUGUGCUGCUCUGGAAACCAGAUGUGAUAGCACCGACACACUUGGAACUUCCGAAGCCUGGCACACGUGUAACUCACAUUGCUGCUGGGAAACAGCAUAUUUUCGCUGUUACCACCAGUGGAACUGUGGUUACGUGGAAGAGAUGUGAUGAAAAAGAGAAAGGUCUCGUGUGCCAGCCCUCUAUCAUGAGAGAUAAGGUAACUAGGAAUAUAACGUACGUGGCUUGUGGGAAGGAUUUCACCAUUUUGCUCUCAGAGACUGGCAUUUUGGUUUCAUUCGGCAACGGCUCAUCAGGAUGUCUAGGUCACGGCGACCGUCAUGACACAGAACAUCCAAAGAUAAUAGAAGCUCUCCUAGGCUAUCACGUGGUCAGCAUUGCGUGCGGCGACCUGCACGUUGUAGCUGUCACAAAGGACAACCAUGUAUUUGCGUGGGGAAAUGCAGAUAAUGGUCGUAUGGGACUGGAGCUGCCUAGCUCAGUAGAUACACCUCAAAACUGUGGGCUGCCCAAAGGAGCUCAUCCUGUGGCAUCUUUCUGUGGGUCGGACUGUUCAUUCCUAGCGGGCAGUGCUGGAGAGCUGUGGGUCUGUGGGAGCAACAGGAAUAACAAACUUGGCUUCUGCAACCCAUCCAAACUGGAGGAAGACAAUGUCUUUGAAUUCACGUCAAUAGAGUCAAAGGCCUUCUUAGGUGCUCCUAUUGUGUCGGUUGCAAGCACUGUUGAUCACACCUUUGUUCUGACAGACAUAGGUGCCGUGUACGUUCUUGGUUUUGAAGAAUCCCCGUGUGCGGCGGCUAGCCCGAUGUCGCCCAUCAAAAUGGUAUCCAUGGGAGAGAGAGUAACCCACAUCGCGUGCACCAAUUCUACAUUAUUGGCGGCUACUGAACACGGACAUCUUAUGAAAUGGGGGAAGCCAAGCUCUCCUGCGUCAUUCGUAGAAUUAUUUCCCUCUUUUGAAGUGCCGAAAAAUAACAAGGUAAUAUCCUUAACUAGCAACGAAGACAUAGCUGUUGCUGCUACUCUGGGAACGCCGACACUGUGAAGACGGCUAGCAAAUUCUUGUUCAACAUUUACGUACAGAAAUAAAUAAGUAUAAUUGCUUUUGC